AUGAGGGGAUUAGGGGCAAUCAGAUGGCUUGACUGCCGUCUGAUAGGAAGCCUCUCAGUUCGCGAUGUCAAUCCCACAAUUGGUUCGUGGGCAGCUGGCGGCCGACGAGCAUUCAGCCAGACUUCGCCCACUGCCAGCGCUGCUCAAGAAGCGUUGAAGAAGGCCCAGACCGAUGCCUCCAGUCUUACCCCCGAAUAUGUGGCUGCCAACAUGAAUCCUGCCGAGAAGGCCAGGCUCUCCAAGGUUCGCAACAUUGGUAUUGCUGCACACAUCGACAGUGGCAAGACUACGGUUACUGAGCGAGUUCUGUUCUACACCGGCCGAAUCAAGGCGAUCCACGAAGUUCGAGGCAAAGAUUCGGUUGGCGCCAAGAUGGACUCUAUGGAUCUGGAAAGGGAAAAGGGUAUUACAAUUCAAUCUGCUGCCACUUUCUGCGACUGGCAGAAGCAAGAAGACGGAAAAGAGGAAACCUACCACAUCAAUCUUAUCGACACUCCCGGCCAUAUCGACUUCACCAUCGAGGUUGAGCGCGCUCUCCGCGUUCUCGAUGGUGCCGUCAUGAUUCUCUGUGCUGUCAGCGGCGUCCAGUCCCAGACCAUUACCGUCGACCGACAGAUGAAGCGCUACAAUGUCCCCCGUAUCUCCUUUAUCAACAAGAUGGACCGAAUGGGCGCCAACCCCUGGAAGGCCGUAGAGCAAAUCAACCAGAAGCUCAAGAUCCCUGCCGCUGCUAUUCAGAUCCCCAUUGGUCUCGAGGACGAGCACGAGGGUGUCGUUGAUCUGAUCGAAAUGAAGGCCAUGUACUUUGAAGGCCCCCGUGGUGUCAAAGUCCGCGUGGUCAACCAGGUCCCUCCCACCCUCGUGGAACUCGCCAACGAGAAGCGCCAGGCUCUGAUUGAGAAGCUCGCUGAUGUCGAUGAUGAAAUUGCCGAACUGUUCCUCGAGGAGGUUGAACCCACCAACGAACAGAUCAAGGCUGCCAUCCGAAGGUCCACUAUUGCCCGCAAGUUCACUCCUGUCAUGAUGGGAUCCGCCCUGGCCGACAAGGCCAUCCAGCCUAUGCUCGAUGCCGUGUGUGAAUACCUGCCCAACCCUGCUGAUACCGACAACCUGGCCCUGGAUCGAUCCCAAGACGAGAAGUCUGUCAAGCUUGUCCCGUACAACUCCUUGCCUUUCGUCGGUCUCGCCUUCAAGCUUGAAGAGAACAACUACGGCCAGCUUACCUACAUCCGAGUCUACCAGGGAACUCUGUCCAAGGGUUCUUACCUCUUCAACUCCCGCACAGGCAAGAAGGUCCGAAUUCCCCGUAUUGUCCGCAUGCACUCCAACGAGAUGGAGGAUGUCUCCGAGGUUGGUGCUGGUGAGAUCUGUGCCGUGUUCGGUGUCGACUGUGCUUCCGGAGACACCUUCACCGACGGUGGUCUCCCCUACUCCAUGUCUUCCAUGUUCGUCCCAGAUGCCGUCAUGUCUCUCUCCAUCAAGCCCAAGCGCUCCGGAGACGCAGACAACUUCAGUAAGGCCAUGAACCGCUUCACCCGUGAGGAUCCUACCUUCCGAGUCCACGUCGACGCCGAGAGCGAGGAGACCAUCAUCUCCGGCAUGGGUGAACUCCACCUGGAAGUCUACGUCGAGCGUCUUCGCCGCGAGUACAAAACCGACUGCGUCACCGGCCAGCCCCGCGUCGCCUACCGCGAGACCAUCGCCCACCGCGCCGACUUCGACUUCCUGUUCAAGCGCCAGAGCGGCGGGCCCGGCGACUUCGCCCGCGUCGCGGGUUGGAUCGAACCCUACGAGAAGCCCGGCGAGAACUUCUACGAGAGCCAGGUCGUCGGCGGCAACAUCCCCGACAAGUUCCUCACGGCCUGCGCCAAGGGCUUCGAGGCCGCGACCGACAAGGGGCCCCUCCUGGGCCACCACGUCAUCGGCACCAAGAUGAUCAUCAACGACGGCGCGACCCACGUCACCGACUCGUCCGACCACGCCUUCAACCUCGCCACGCAGAUGGCCUUCCGCAAGGCGUUCAAGGAGGCGGGCGGCCAGGUCCUCGAGCCCCUCAUGAAGACCACCAUCACCGCCCCCAACGAGUUCCAGGGCGGCAUCCUCAUGCUCAUGAACAAGCGCAACGCCACCAUCCACGACACCGACAUCGGCACCGAGGACUUCACCCUCACGUGCGACUGCUCCCUCAACGCCAUGUUCGGCUUCAGCUCCCAGCUCCGCGCCGCCACGCAGGGCAAGGGAGAGUUCACCAUGGAGUUUAGCCACUACGCGCCAGCUCCGCCACACCUGCAGAAGGAGCUGAUUGCCAAGUACGAGGCCGAGCUCGAAGCCAAGAGAACCAAGUAA